UACUUUAACCUGAACACAACAUUGCAUCAUUUGUUAUUAGUUCUGACUUAAAUUGUGUUCUGUUCGUAGCACGCAAUAAAUAAUUUCAGUCAAAUUCUUAAAGUUGAUGUUCAAAAUAAAGGGUUUAUUUAAUUCCUUAGCGAAAUUUCCAUUACAAUAUAUAUUGGUGAUAAUUUUUUGCUACUAAAAGAGGAUAUCAUCUCUGUCAAAAUACGCCAAAGCCAAAACUAUUUAGGGCCCAGACGGUGAAGACUGUGUUGGAGCAAAAACAGUGUGUGGGAUACCCUGGCAACACAGGAUAUUGUUCAACGACCUAAGAGAUAUAAAAAAAAAAAGAAUUGAAUUUCUUUUAACUAUUCCAGAAAUGGCUACGGCGCUUAGUAUGUCAUGUCCGGUAUGCAUGGAAAUUUUUAAUAAUAGCGAUACGAUUUACAAUACCAGCUGCGGCCACAUAUUUCAUUAUAAUUGUAUUCAAAGCUGGCGUCAACAAUCUGCAAAUUGUCCCGUAUGCCGUGUUAAGUAUGCAACUAUGCAAAAACUGUUUUUAAAUUUCGAUGAGCAUGUUGUCAACACAGAAGAAAAGGUGAAAAAAAUGGAGCAACAAUUAAAGCAACUUUCUGUUGAUAAGAUGCAGCUCCAAAAUUUAGUUGAUCAGCAGGGCGCUAAGAAAAAGGAGCCAUCCUCAAGAAUUCAUAGCAAUAUUCGAAAGCAAAAGCAACAAUCAUCUGAUUUUCAACGUCAUCCUGUCGCUUUUCAGCAUAUGGAUGUGAACGCGACUUCCAAAAAUUCUAUUGAUCAGACUAGGGUGUUGAUAAAACGUUUUCCUAAUCGUCACUUACGUUAUCCGUUGAUCGAUUCGGUUAAAGCAUUGACUUCGGCAAUGGAUAUGAAAAUAUCAGCUGAUGAUGUACCUUACGUAGGCAGACUGCAACAGAGUUAUGCGAACAACCGUUCACCGAAUACGGUUUCGCUGUUAAUACAAUUUCGAACAUUGCAAUUGAAAAUCUGUUUUCUCAAAAACAAAUCGAAAUUAAAAAAUCAUCCGGAAUAUGGCUCUGUAUUUAUUUAUGAAUACAUGGACGAAGAUACCUACUCAUUAUUUCAAUAUACAAAGACCAAAUUGAAAGAUCAUGGAUUUUGUAAAGUGUUUUGUCAAAACGGUCAAAUAAUGGCUGCAGAUAGUAGAAGCGGUAGCAAACCAAUCCAUAUAAAAAAUAAAACGCAAGUGGACAAUAUAAUUUGUCCAGAAACCGAAAACAAAAAUCGAAGCUCCCCUUACAUACAUCAUCAUCGUGAAAUAAUGCGUUCAAAUGAUAGAGACGCUCCCAAACCAAUCUGUAAUAGACGUAGACCGGAAAUGAUAUUUUGUGAAAAUAGUCCAACGAUUAGUGAAAUAAUUUCGCCGGAAUUCGAAGGUGAAGAGGCCGGACGAUGUCUAAAAAUACAAAUUGAUUCAUUAUUGGAAUUAGAGGCAGCCUCGGAUGAAAAAAAUAAAAUUUUAAGUGAUAAACUGAACUGCGUUUCAACAGAGUUAAAACAACAGUUAUUAAAAUGUUCAGAUUUGUCUCUCGAAAAUCGAAAACUACAAGGUUUAAUUGAGACGAAUACAAAAUUCGUUGAAGAUACAGGAACUCCCAUAAAGGCUAUGAGCACUUUCAACGAACACGGAGAAGAAAAUGUAAAUAAGCAAGCGGAUAAACAUAUUAUAGAAAAAACUCACGAUAGUUCAUUGUAUAUGUACGCCAAACAGAAGUUAAAGCCGCACAGAUCUAAUCUAUGCCCUAUAUGUCGCUCUUAUUAUUCGAUUAUUAAAAAAGUCUAUCUAAAUUUUGAUGGAAAUAUGGACGGUGAAGUGAAGCUUAAGCUGAAACUACAACAAGCUGAAAAUAAGAUAAAGGCAUUGCUUGAAAAAGUUGACGAAAUCGAUAAAAAGUACACAGAAUUGCAGAAAGAAUAUAAUUUAUCUGAAUCUAAUUUUCUAAGUUUACAUAAACAAUACACCGAGUUGGAUGAAAAUAAUAAAAGGAUGAACACGUGGCUAGCGGAGGUUCACGAUAUACCAUCACAAACGUGCGAAAAAUCGGUCGACUUUUGUCAGCAAGCUAUGCAACUUUAUGGCCAAAAGGCUUCAACAGAGAGAAAAGACAACACUGCAUUUCCCUUUACCUUUCCCGCUACUACCGUAAUUUACCGUAAUUCAAGAAGCGGUGGCGAUUACGAUAAACAAGGGGAUUCAAGCAGCAUUAAUUUAUUUGAAAUCAGUUCAAAUGGCAUUCGUCCGGAUACGGAAAAAGCUGUUAACAAGUCGGUAAUUGAUGGGCCCCCUGCAGUUAUGAGUAACACCAACUUCUUUGAUAAUAGUUCGGCAGUUCCUAGCACAUCGGGCAUUAAUAAAAUGUAUCCCAAAAAGUUCAGCUUAUUUUCAACGGGAACCACUAGAUCGAGUGCGCAGUCUUUGUUUACCUUUUCCUCUUCUGGUAGUAAUUCAAAAAGCGGUGGCGAUCACGAUAAACAAGAAGAUUCAAGUUGCGAUAUCGUAUUUGAAAACAAUUCAAAAGGCAUUCGUCUGGGUACGGGAAAAGUUGUUAACAAGUCGCCAAUUGAUGGUCUCGCUGCAGUUAUGCGCAACACCAACUUCUUUGAUAAUAGUUCGGCAGUUGCUAGCACAUCGGGCGUUAAUAUAAUGAAUCCCAAAAAAUUCAGCUUAUUUUCAACGGGAACCACUAGAUCCAGUGCGCAGUCAUUGUUUACCUUUUCCUCUUCUGGUAGUAUUUCAAAAGGAGAUCCGAAUUGCGAUAACUUAUUUGAAAAAAAUUUUAGAGACAUUUCUCUGGGUACGGAAAAAGCUGUUAACAACUCGGUAGUGGAUGGUCUCUCUGCAGUUAUGCCCAACACUAACUUCUUUGAUAAUGGUUCGCCAGUUGCUAGCACAUCCGCCGUUAAUAUAAGUUGUACCAAAAGCAAUAUCAACUUAUCUUCAACGGGAACGAACGAGAAUAAAACCGGCUCUAUUUUCGCAACAUCGAACCUCAACCAGAUGAAUAAUAUUACAAUAAAUUCUCAAAAGAGCCCUCUUGGUACAUUACACACCACUCCUGCCAACAAUGAAAAAUUGUCCAACAUUAGUUUCGCAUUUCCCCAUUUUCCGCCUAAGUGUAGUACUGUGGUCGCAAGUAACACUACUAAUAGUGUGUUUAUGAACGGUAAAAGGGCGUCAGCCGAUUGCAUGACAGGCGCAAGUGUAACUGCAAAUACUGUGAUUGCUUCAAUUAGUGAUAGCACGGUUAUAGCCUCCUCUACUACCGAUACUGGAAUAGAAUGGCCUAAUAAUGCUUUCAUAUUUGGCAGUGAAGAAAAUACGGAAAAUAUAAACGAAAAUCCUAGAGCUACUUUCGGUUCAUUUCCGUUCUUUGGUCCAACGGGCUGCACUUUAACCAAACCGGAAAAUUUGACUGAUCAUUUUGUAAAACUAAAGAUUAAUUCCAAUAAAUCAAAAGUGCCCGAACAACGUCCGAGCGGUUUCAGUGUAACUGAUACACCAUUGAUUUUACAAAAUCAAUUGAGUUGCUGUUUAUUUGCAAUGUCGGAAGCACCUUCAAUUUUGUGUCCUAUUUGCACCGAAAAUUUCCAAACAUCGGACACGAUCCACAACACCAGCUGCGGCCACGUAUUCCAUCAUAAUUGCAUUCAAGAUUGGCGUGGAAGUUACAGAUCUACCGAAUGUCCAGUGUGCCGCGCUCGCUAUGCGAACAUGCAAAAACUAUUCCUCAAUUUCGAUGAGAAGGCAGGCGGUGAAACGGUGAAGAACGAAUUGCAAGCUAAACUGGAAAGUUAUAAAACUGGAAAUGAAAAACUUAGCGACCAAUUAAAUGAAACUGAAUUUUGCUUAUUGGACAUGCAAGAGCGGUACACCUUAGCUUUUGAAGAGAUUAAUCUCUUAAAAGGCCAGCUCUCUAAACGCAAUGACAGUGAGAAUAAUUUCAUGGCCUUACAAAAGCAAUAUACCGAAGCCGAGGAUAUUAUCAAAAAUUUGAAAGACAAAAACCAAUAUUUGUUGUUGCAAUGUGAAGGAAAAAACAAAGAAAUUCAACUAAAGACUUUAGAAAUUUCUACUCUUAAAGAUACUAUGGGGUGUAUGGAGACGUCAGUAGGUGGAUCGGAUUCGAUAUUAAAGCAACAAUUAAAAAUUAUGGAACAAAAGUUGAGGCACAUCACCGGAGAAUUGCAGAAGGAAAUAUCAAUUUCGAUGCAACUUUCUAUUGACAAAAUGAGAUUGCAAAGUCUGGUCGAUCAGUAUGGCGCUACUAAAACUGAACCAUCGCCAAAUUUUGUUAAUAAUAUUCAAGAACAAAAGCCGAUAGAAAAGGAAAACGGAAAGCCUACUGAAAAAGAAACUAUCAUCAAAGAUAGUACUCAUCUAACCAGCGUUGUGAUAAAACGUUUUCCUUCCCAUCAUAUUCGGUAUCCAUUAAUUGAUGUGAUUUCAGCUUUGGCUACGGCAAUGGGAAUGCCACUUUCUCCUUACGAUAUACACGAGGUACGCAUAUUGGAGCAGCGUAAUGCAAGAAAUUGCUUACCAAAUAUGGUCUCGUUAUUAGUGAAAUUUAAAACUUUGCGCUUAAAAAUAAAUUUCCUUAAUAACAAAUCAAAGGUGAAAGACCGUCCCGAAUAUGGCUCGAUAUUAAUUUAUGAAUAUAUGGACGCUGAUACGAACUACUUAUUCGUUUAUGCAAAGCAAAAAUUAACGGCUCUCGGAUUUGCCAACAUAUUUUGUCAAAACGGCCAAGUUAUGGCUGCGAAAGCCAGGCAAUAUGGCGCUAAAGUAAUUCAUAUAAAAAGUACAGCCCAAGUUGACGAUAUACUAUCUUCAAAUACUGAAAGCAUUACGGAGGGUAUGGCUAAAGGGAUUGCUAAGGUUCAAUGUCUAGCAACUAAUCGCAACGAGUCAAAUUCAUCUAUUGGAACGAAAGAGGCUUCGAAAGAUGAAAGUGACUUCAAAUAUGAUGAAGAUUUCUAUGCGCGGCAAUAA